AUGCAAACGGAACGGAACACAAACUGGGCGAGAGAGACGUCAACCGAAGGUCCCGUGUUGAAAAGAAACACAGAUGUGUCUAUCGAUGAUGACGAUGUGUAUGAUCACGAUUACUUCGACACCUGCGUCUCGUGCUCUCUCGCCGCCCUCGUCAAAACCCAUCGCCUAUCAUUUCACGAGCAUACGACUCGUAGACGUUGA